UGAUAAUUUGAGACGUUCAAAUGACAUGUUGCACUUUUUGCGCAAGCUAUCGAAUUGAUCCUACCGCGAACCUUCUUUAGAUCCAUGUUAAAAAAAAGAAGAGUGACCUUGGAAACUAAAUUUUUACACUAGAAUACAAGCUCUCCACGUGCCAAAGGCAAGCUGUUAGACGCGAGACGUCUUACGUAACUGAGAGGCCACUUCUCCGUGUAAGAAACUUCUAAGUCACAACCUCCUGAGCGCUCCCCACAGUUUUCCUUCUACGUCGGCAAACAACUAAGAUUGCCAUUGGGUUCGCGGUUGUAUGCUACCAGACCAUUUCGAUAAUUCGGUUGGCGCCUUGCAAAACUUUCAAUAAAUAAAUAUUUGAGUUGCUUUCGCAGUCGCUACACUAAAACCAAAGUGUGUCUCGUGUGUGGUUUUUUUCAAAUGUUAUUUUUUUCCCCCCAGUAGUAUAACUUUGUUCAUUUAAACGUCAUCUAGAUGCUGUUACCAUCUUAUACACUUUCUAUGUUUGUUUUGCAUUAAAACAAGAUGUUCAGCUCCAACUUCAAAAUUAAGAACUUUAGACAAUAAGUCGAAUAAAUGAUUUAAUUUUUUUUUUCGCGGUAAACCUGUAGCCGAAAUUUGUUGGUCGAAUUCUAAGCAACGAUGUAUUAAAUUUUAAUACAUUUUUAAAACUGAAUAAUAUAUAUGUGUAUACAGAUACGUAAGUACCAUUAGAGCAUACGCCAAUGUUUAGCCUACUCCUUUCGUUUUGCUCGGUGAGAGAGAAGGGGGGGUUUACAGGGAAAUGAGGCUCCUGACAUUAAUAUCGGCUCUGUCUGUAGAAAACUGAACGAAGCCAGGGUAGACCAGAAAAUACCUGAUGCACUUCUAGUGCUGCCCUUACAUUUAGGAACUGAGAAAAUUCGCGCGUUCAUUGUCCUCUACGGUGGACUCACUAACUAGUUUCUUCUGCACACUCAGGAACUGUAUGAAAACUUUUUUAAUGAGGAAGAAAAAAUACACAACGUUUAUUUUUGUUAAUUUAAAAAUAAUUUUUAAUAUAAAUCAGCGGUACUGUGUUUAUUGAUGGUGACAUUUUCUUGUCACACAAUUUAAAGUAAUGGUUUGAACUUGGUCAUUUAUAAAGUUUUUGUAAUAUUUUGAUCACAAUAAAAACUUGCUUUUACUGUAAAUUUUCGCAUAAAACAAGUUUUAUUUUUGUAUCUUCAUACAACUUUGAAUUUGUUUAUAUUUUAAAUAGAUAUGUAUAUAUUGGCAAAGAAAUUGAUUGUAUAGUGUUUUACUUGACUGCAAAUUUGUAAUAUAUCUCAGCGAAAUUGCCUAAGAUCGAUAUCUCCUUGAUUGAGAAUUAACUAUUGGUUCGCAGCCAUCCAGCGGAAUUGUGGGUCUAAUCGCAGAAGCAACACAAAUAUGAAGGAUUGUGAGUUUUAAGGCAUCUGAGAAAUGUGCUCACGUUUUUUCCCCUCUCAUAGUCUUUAUCUCUUAACAGCAUAUGCUGUAUAGGCUACCUAAAAAUGAAAAUCUUCAUUUGGUCGAAAUAUUUGAAAUUUCAUAACUGUUAUGCAGAAUAUAUAUAACUGGAGUAAUAUUUGCAGACCUUGCAUAAAAAUAAAUUCAAGUAUCACCCAUGGAGGUAAGAAAAUAGGGAGUAGGCGAAUGCCGUCUUUGCCCUGUUAAUAAAUAAUGAAAUAUAAUAUCCCCUCUCCCCCCCUUCCCAAAUCAUCCGAAACCACACAAAAUGGACAACAAAACCAUAUUUUUAUAAUGCACUUUACAUCUAGUUCCUAACUGAUUUGUUGGUUGGCAUCUUUGUUUAACAAUACUUACUUAAUUUAACAAUACUUAACUUCGUAAUGUUAUUUUUACGAUUCUCCCGAGCGAAUCGAUUUAAAGGUUUAAAAAAAAAAAACUUCUAACAUACGUUAUAUAUAUUUGUUAACCAAUUGCUAACAAGAGCGACUUCAACCUUCGAACCGACACGCCAAUCUUUGAGGCUUUCAGAUAUCCCGUAACUACUGUAUGGCAUGGGACACAGACGUCGUCGGUGUGUGUUUGUGUGUGUGCGAACACGUUCUAGCCUCCACCCAUCACUUCCCCCCCACCACCCCGCGCCCGCCAUGCGGGGCCAGAACGCCGACGGACCAAUGGGCGCGCGAGUCCUUGGCGCGGGGAGCUUGUAUAUAAGGCGGGAGGCGCGACGCCCUAGACAUAACCCUCCAAGAGGUAUAAGCUCGAGAUGACGUCCGUCGCGAUCCUCGGAGGACUACUGCUGGUGGCCGUCGGCUGCUUCGCCGCCUGCCCCGACCCCCCGGCCUUCUCUGGUCUCGACAUAUCCAAGGUCGCCGGCAAAUGGUACGGCUACAAGCUGCCCGCCGAGUUCCAGAACGUCUACAAGUGCGGCGACAUGGAUCUGAAACCCAAGGACGAUGAGAUCGUCGACUGGACCAUCAAGGAGUACGACAUUUCGAACUCCAAAUGGAAGAAUCUCAGAGGCUCCAUACACAAGAUUGGUGACGGCAAAUACGAAGGUUUUCGCGUCGGAUUCACAGGAAACGUGAAGUGGAGCAUCUUGGGAACCGACUACAAUAACUGGCUGGUCUACUGGCAGUGCCACGAGACCAACGAGAAACAAUGGGCUUUCCUGAUGUCUCGCACCAAGUCGCUGAGCCCAGACGCCGUGCAGGCCGCCGACAAGGCGCUGCCCCCCGGCUCCUACGUCAUCACCGAGCAGUCGGACUGCCCCGGGUACACGCUGGCCAACACCUUCCUGAACUGAGGCGCGAGGACGCCAGCCGCCCACCGGCCUGCGUGCGCCCCGGAACCCUCGCGGAUGAAGAGCGUCUCGAGACACCGGCUGUGAUCGCCGGCCCCCCUCUCUACUCCAGCCAUGCACCUCUGUGAGCACAUUGUCGGAGAUAAUAAAAACUUAUUAUUAUUUUAUUUUACCUUA